AUGUCUGGGUUCAGCUUCGGCUUCUCAGGCGAGGAUAUUGAUGUAGAUGAAGCCGACGCUAGCAAUUAUAAUGGGCUGGAGGCACCUUCAACGGCCCAGGACGUCAGUUCUCUUCCUGCGUUGGUGCAGGCGGAGGUACAUGAUAUGAGAGAUUGGCUAUCUUCAUUACCCUCUCAAAUAUCAUACAGCACCAUACCGAUCAAGAGGGCAGAGGGAGAUCCUCUACUCCUUGGUCGGCGCGAGAUUUUCGACAUCCGCGCCCAGCUGAUGGCCGAGGACAGCAUCGACCAAGACAAUGCCACGCUCAUCGCUCAUCUGGAAGAAGGCGAUAUCACACCGAACUUCUACGAAGGUGGUUUCAAGACCUGGGAGUGCGCAUUGGACCUCGCCAAGCUACUUGCCGAUGAGAACCAGUUCCAGGUAUCAAGAUCAAGCGACGCGGAGAGAAAUUCUCAUGUCGUCGAGCUCGGUUCUGGAACCGCCAUGCCGUCACUCGCUCUGUUUGCGAAAAAGCUUUCUGAGCCCAAGACUGAGCUAUCAUCUCACCAGGGGAAAACAUAUCUGACAUUUGCAGACUACAAUGCUGCAGUGCUUCGCCUCGUCACUUUACCUAACAUCCUGCUCACAUGGAGCGCAUGUACUUCUCAACCGGCCGCGACUACAUCAGACAACAAAGACGAUGACAUGUUACUCGACAUCACGCCCGAACUUGUGGAGGCAUUCCAAACCGACCUCGCACAACGCGGGAUCAUCAUCAACUUCAUUUCCGGUGCGUGGUCUCCUGCAUUUGUGGACCUUGCGUUCUCUCCAGUAGCGCAGUCGCCUAUGAUGACGCUAGUCCUCGCCAGCGAAACCAUUUACUCGCCCGCUUCUCUUCAGGCGUUCACGGAUACUCUCGUCGAGCUUCUCCGUCGAUCGGGGACGAUGGAGGCGUCGACGAGUAAGGCGUACAUUGCGGCGAAGAGGGUUUACUUCGGUGUGGGCGGGGGGGUAGAUGAGUUCCUGGAGGUGCUUAAGGGGUCCACCGGGGGAGAACUGGCUGUCUCGGAAAAGGUAGAUAUCAAGUCUGAGGGUGUGGGCCGAGUAAUACUUGAGAUAAGCAGUAAAUAA